CCCAUAUUUGUCAUAGCUAGCCUCUCACUUUUACACACCUCUCUCUUGCUUUCUCUCUGUCUUUCCCCAUUUCUUACCUGUGAGACUUUCAGAUCUUGUUGGAUUUUUAUUUUGAUUUUGUCUUAAAUUAGACACUUGAAGACUGCUGGAGGCUACCACCCACGGACUAGCUUUGCAUGUGUCUGGUCUCCACCUGAUCACUCUCACUGGUCGUGCUGUUGGAUCCACCGGGCUGAGUGCUGCCUGUUUUAGCUGUUCAGGAGUGAGUGCUGAGGACUUGUGCUCAGCGGGGGUUUAAUAGAACAGAAAAAGGAAGCAGUCACCAUGCUGCGAGAAGCUGCGUCAAACAUUUUAAAACUCCACAGUUAUCUACAGUCGAGAACUGAUGCCAGAGUCAGAGACUACCCUCUGAUGCAGAGUCCCAUCCAGAUGACCACCCUCCUGUUGGCCUAUGUCUUCCUCUCGGUGUACGUUGGGCCUCGCCUCAUGGCAAACCGCAAGCCUUUCCGCCUUAAUACAGCCAUGAUUAUCUACAACCUUAGCAUGGUUUUACUGAACGCCUACAUAGUCUAUGAGUUCAUGAUGUCUGGAUGGGGUACCACCUAUACGUGGAGAUGUGACCUAAUUGACCGCUCCAGCAGCCCGCAGGCUCUUAGGAUGAUUCGAGUGGCUUGGUUAUUUUAUUUUUCAAAGUACAUUGAACUCCUUGACACAGUAUUCUUUGUGCUGAGGAAGAAACAAACCCAGAUCACAUUUCUCCAUGUAUUCCAUCACUCCUUCAUGCCCUGGACGUGGUGGUGGGGCAUCACCCUGACUCCUGUUGGAGGAAUGGGCUCCUUCCAUGCCAUGGUGAAUGCAACAGUCCACGUUAUCAUGUACUCCUACUAUGGACUCUCUGCUGCAGGACCUCGCUUCCAGAAGUUCCUUUGGUGGAAGAAGUACAUGACUGCCAUCCAGCUUACACAGUUUGUUCUGGUCUCCAUACACAUCAGCCAGUACUACUUCAUGGAGAAAUGUGACUACCAGGUCCCCAUGUGGAUCCAUUUGAUCUGGAUGUAUGGUGUCUUCUUCUUCCUCCUCUUCUCCAACUUUUGGGUGCAGGCCUACAUAAAGGGCAAACGACUUCCUGUCAAGGACGACAAGCCAAAACUGAAUGGCUCAACCAGUGAACCUAUCACUGUGGUGGCCAAUGGGAAACACCUGGGGAAUGGGAACACGGCCCACAACACCAACGGCAAAAUCUUCCUGGGCAAAGUAAAGGAAAUCUAACGAAGUGACUCUGGAGAUUGGAUGAGAGGAACACAUGGCGGCUCUAUAGGGCCAUCAUCAAUAUGUCAUUCAUCAUUCAUAUCUUAUCCAGCAUAUUGGAGGGGCACAGAUUCCAAUAUACUUCUUCCAAAACUUCAUAAGUUCUAUAUAAGUCUAGUCUUUGUUGAAAAUAUAUGUACACUUCUUGGGAUAUGAAUGGCAUAUUGUGUGUUUGCUGGUGAUCUCUACACGUGACAUUGUGUUUGUUAGUUGUUGUGAACACUAUUAACUGUGACGCACACUGUAUGGCGACUGGUGCUCAUUUUGUCACUGAUAGUAUUCUUCAACUCGAGCUUGAGCCACGCAAGCUUGACGUACACUAAUGUUUGGCUGGCAUCAGGUUUGUUGCUUGGAAGGAUCACACAGUUUCCACUGAAGACUUGUAAACCAUGUAAAUAACUGCUAUAAAGUUCAUGCAAAAAGGUUUUCAUUGUAAAUGUCAAAUAUUUAGUUUUUCUUUUUUCUCUUGUUAUUUAUCAUUUGAAAUAAAACAUUUUAGAUAAAGGUUUGUGUCAUUUGGAAAGCAGUUAUGGUGUGUACUUUGUAAGAAACAUAGCACACCUCAGUAUUUCAAUUUUAAGAAUUGUGGAAAACAAAUGUUAUACUGUAUAUUACAGUAUUGAUGCAUUUUGCACAUUUUGCUUAAUCAGGUAGUGAUAUAUACACUGCUUUGUGUAUUCUUCCAUACUAAUACAUUCUGAGUUUUGCAACGCUGUAUGCUCUGUUCUGUCAGCACACUCAGUGUUUACUACUACAUUCGAAUUAAAUAAAAAGAAUGCUGUAGAUGGCUAUUUCUGAAUAUCACUGUAGACGUAUGUAUAUACUGAUUGAUAAACAGUGUUUUUGUUGUUGAUUACAGAUGUGCACAACGACAGCAGAAGAAUGAUAUAGUUUUGAAGCACCGCAAGCCUAGAAUUGGGCCUGAUAUUUUCCACAAAAAUUACUUAAGUGACGUUUUUAUGUUUCAAUCAAUCCUCACGAUGUUCAAUAGAUUAACCUGUUAACUAUGUUGUCAUUGUUCCCUGUUAAACCAAAAAGUUUAUAAUAAAAUUAAUAUUUUAUGAUUUUCUACACUAUGCAAGUCCAAAGAGUCUGAUAAAGGCCUGUGGAGAAAAUAAUAAUGUAUAAAUUGCACAGGCACACAUUUACCUUUAGCCAAAAUGAAAAAAACAGGUAAAACAUAAAUGAGCACAUGUAGUUCUCAUGAUAUUGCUGCCAGCGAGUCCCUGUUCACUGUAUAACGCAAACAUUGCUUUGAUACUGAAGAAGGAACAUGGAUCCCCUACAAAUGUCCUCCUGUAGACCAAUCUCACUUCUUCAGAUUGAAAUGAAAAUUUUAAGUAAAAUCAAAAUACAUAGCAGAUUCAGUCCAUCCCGACCAAUCAAUCUCCAUCAUCUUUUUAAAGUUUUAUACCAGAAUCACAAAGAUGAGAUAGCCAUUAUUGCUCUUAAUGCCAAAAGGCUUUUGAUCACAUUGAAUGU